AUGAAGGGUCUCAAGGACUUUCGUAGGUCCCUCAACAAAGACCGCCAUUCCGGUGGGAAGCCCUCCGCCUCCAGUGCGAGCCCAGGUACCUUCUCCAACGUCAAGAGUGCCGUGACCAUUCAACCACCCAAGCUCGUUAUCCGAGCCAUCCGCGACUACAAAUCCGCAUCCCCUCACGAGCUCAGUUUCCAUAAGGGCGACUUCUUCCAUGUCAUCACCGACCCGGCACCCAACGCAGACUGGUUCGAGGCCAACAAUCCUAUGACCAACGCGCGCGGUCUCGUGCCAGCCAGCCACUUCGAUGUGUUGUCCAAGAGCAACCGUGCCGCCUCUGGCACUGCCGCUGGUCCCGGCGCUUCCUCGCCAGCAAUUGGCAGCAUGUCGCCUCCUUCCGGUUCCGUGCCCCUCCCGACAGGGGCUUCUUCAUCUCAGGCAUACGGUGGACGCGCUGCAGGUGCUGCCAUGACCGCAAAAGGCGGCGGGGGUCUCUACGCCGUGGUCAAGUAUGACUUCCUCGCAGAGCGGGCCGACGAACUCGAAGCCAAGGCGGGCGAGUCGAUCAUCGUCAUUGCGCAAUCCAACUUUGAGUGGUUCGUCGCCAAACCCAUUGGAAGGCUCGGUGGUCCCGGUCUCAUUCCCGUGGCUUUCGUCGAGAUCCGCGAUCUGGUCACAGGGCGACCCAUCGAGGACGUGCAGGAGCUCAUCGAGAGCGGUGUCGUGCCCAAGGUCGAGGAAUGGAAGAAAAUGACGGCCGAGUACAAGAAGAACACCAUCCCUCUGGGUCGCUUCGACUUCCCACAAUCGUCCCAACCCGGCGUCAACUCUCCCUACUCCAACAUGGCAGCAGCCGCUUCAGGGAGCAGCAGCAACAAUGUUGGCGUCCCCUCCAAUGGACUUCACGGCCAGCAAUCUUCCAUCUCGUCCAUGCCCGCUCCUACCCCAGUCUCGAAGGACGACCUCUACCAACAAGCACAAGCUCCCUUCGGCGGUGUAGACCCCUUGCAGCCCUUCGACAACGAUGCCAUCGACCCGCUCACCUCCCUUCCACCCGGCAUGUCGCCCGGCGAGCCCCUCCCCACCGGCAUCAUCACCUCCGCCACCGUCGACUCGUUCCACUACGAGCAGGGCGACUACUGGUUCCGCAUCCAGGCUACGCACGUUGCCGGCCCCUCCGCAUCCGCCCCCUCCAACGCCCCCACCGCCCCCGACGGCGAAGAGCGCGACCUCAUCCUCUACCGCCUCUACGAAGACUUUUACGAAUUCCAGAUCGCGCUUCUCGACCACUUCCCAGCCGAAGCGGGUCGUGAGACGGACGCCAACGGGCACGCCAGCGAGCGCAUCCUCCCCCUCAUGCCUGGCCCGCUCGACGUCGUCGACGACCUCAUCACUUCGCAACGUCGCGUCGACCUCGAUCAGUACAUCAUCGAGCUCUGUUCGCUGCCCGAGUACAUCAUGCGAUCGGAGCUCGUGCGGCUCUUCUUCGAGCCGCGACCGGGAGAUCACUGCACGUCGCAUCCUGCCCGUGGGCCCACGGAUGCGCGCAACAGCAGUCUGCAGUACAAGGACUACGGCUACCUCGCUGGUGAGGCUGACGGCGGCAAUCAACGAUCGAGUCAGUUGGGUCAACCGCAGCAGACGCAAGCGGAGCUGCGAAGCAACGGCAGCAAUCGAUAUGCGGAGGAUCAGCCGGUGGGGCGGAGCAGUACGUCCUCCCGCGCGGAGGACGAGUUGAGUGCCAAGAUGCGCAAUGCCUCUCUGCUCUCCGGGUCGGCAGGUGCCUCUUCGGGUCAGCGCGAUUCGACGCGCAGCAGUGCGGUCUUUGGUGGUCCCGGUGGAGCGGCUAGUACAGGUCGAACCUCCGCCUCGAGUGGUCAUCGUAAGCAGAACUCUUCCGGACCUUCCUCACAACCACAGGCGACGUCGGGGUCGAGUGCAAACGUUGCGUACCAUCGAAUCAAGGUGGCACGCCGGAACGAUUUGGAUAGCGUCAUCGCCCUUCGUAUGCCUCCCAGCCCGACGUUCGCCCAGCUGCUCGAAAAGGUACGCGAGAGAUUGGGUGCGGAUGUUACCGCAUUCAACUGCAAUGAGAGGCCAGAGAGCAUUGCCGACGACGCAAGCCUCACCGCUUGGUUGGACGAGGCGACGGACAAAGGAUGGAAGCUGAUGCUCCACGCUUCGUAG